AUCACUUGGCAGAGAUGGCUAGCGUCGCUCGCAUCCGCUCCCCUGUCUCGCUCGUCCUGUGUGGUGCCCCUCGUGUGUGGAGCCGGACGUUCAGCCGGAACCGGGCCCUCCAUAGCGGCUCCCAGGAACCCAGUAAAGGGGACAAGAUUUUACUACACUUUAUAAAUCAAAGUGGAGUCAAAAUCACCACGAGUGUCACAGAAGGUGCAUCUCUGCUGGAGGUUGUGAUCAACAAAAACUUAGACAUAAGUGGUUUUGGGGCCUGCGAGGGGACAUUGGCAUGUUCCACCUGUCACCUCAUUUUUGAUGAAAAUGUUUACAAGAACCUGGAGCCGAUUGCGGAUGAAGAGCUGGACAUGCUGGACUUGGCGUAUGGGCUAACUAAAACAUCGAGGCUCGGUUGCCAGGUAUGCGUACAAAAAUGGAUGGAUGGCAUGACGGUGCGAGUGCCACGGGAUGUCAAGGAUCUGAGAAACGUCAAGGAGUCUGCGGAGAACCAGUGACGUCACACUGAAACACCCACUCGUCCCCGGUGGCGUCACCUGGUGCACAGCCCAUGUUUCCUUUCCUUGCUUAUACAAAAAUGCCAAAUGUCCUUACUGUUCUGCUCCACAAAAAGUCCUUGAGAGAUGUGUAUAUAUCUGUGGUUUUAGUCCGUUCUUUUUGCUUCAUGUCUCCUUAAUCAUUGAGCAUUUCUACAAUUAAAUGUAAUUAAGAUGAGCUUCUUGGCCACUUUCAAGACAGGAUGAAUAAUACAAGGUUUACUAACUUAAAUAAAUAACCUAGACAGUUUUCUUUGUUUCCCAAAUGUGUAAAAACGUAUUGCUUUGCGUGCAUGUAUAUGAGCAAAAUCACACUCUGCUCCAGACACACACAAACCGAACAACAUAAAUAUUUCGAAUCUGAAAAUAUCUUCCCUUAAGGCAGUAAUUGUGUUAAUUCUGUUUAAUUUAUUUUAUAGAACAUUUAUAACACAAAUAUAAUUACAGCAGCUUCAGAAGCAGUUAAUUUUUGUAAUUAGGCUGAUGGUAUUGUCCUCUGGGCGGAGAUGUAAAGCAAAAGGGAAGCUCCUGAGAGUAUUACACACACACACUUCCUGAACCGCUUGUCCUAUUCGCAGUUGCGGGGAGCCAGAGC